AUGCACUCUGAGAGUGUGGAGCACGAGGAGCACGGAGGCGAUGGUAAUGCAGAGCAGCAGGUGGAGGGGGCCGAGAGGGGUGCUAGGCCGACCAUCACCGAGUUCAAAAAGACCUGGAGCUUCAGGCGGACCGCGGUUGCCAGAAGAGAGCUUGUGCGAUUGGAUGAGAUUGAAGAUCCAGAAUCUCCGCCCCUACCCACACCUCGGGGCAGAGGCCGCCCAGCCCAGACCUAUUCAAGAUGUGGGUUGAGGGGAGAGAAGGAGCUCCCCGGCAAAGAGGAGGACAGGACCACGGCUACCCCUGCCCAAAUUAUGGCUGCCCUUCCUAGCAAUGGGGGUAGUGGGGACAUGGAAGCUGCCUCCAGUAUAGAGGAGGACAGUGAUGAGCUGACCCUGCAGCUUCAGGAGUGGCUGAGCAUUAGGGGGAGAGAGCCAGAGACAACAGAAGAAAAGCCCAGCCAAUAUGAUAAUGUAACAGAGGUGGAGGAGGAGAAGGACGAGGUGGAGGAGAGGAUUGAGGAAGAAAAGUCAGAGUAUUCUAGCAUAUCAGACAUUAAUUGCUGUUCUUUAGCUGUAAUUUUCUUAUCGCCGUUUGAUUCCUUGUCCAGGUUCAUGAUCUCCUGUGACAAUUGUCAGGAGUGGUUCCAUUACGACUGCGUUGGCGUCAGCGAGACGCAGGGCAGCAAGCUGGAGAGGAGCGGACGGGACUGGAUCUGCCCCAACUGCACGAAUAAGAGCCAGAGCCAGCCAGACCCCCAGCAGAGCCCCCCUGACUGCCUGAUACUGCCGUUCUCUGGGGAGGAGGAGAGAGUGCAUGAGGAGCAGGCCAGUAAGGAGGCUGUAGUGCAGGAGAAGACUGAAUUGGUUGCUAAGGCUGAAAUGGAGACAGACAGUUCCUUACCGCAGUGCAUUGGACCAGGGUGCAGUAUCUACGCCCUGCCCGACUCGGUUUACUGUGGCACAGACUGCAUCCUCCGGCAUGCGGCUCCCACUAUGAAGACCCUAUCUGACUCCAAAGAGACCAAUGCCAAGGGUCAGAGGUCGGCUAGGAUUUCCCAGAGAUUGUCGGCGGAGCGGCCCGAAGAAGAGGGUGAUGAAGAGGAGAAGGAGGCUGAAGACGUUGAGGACAAGGAAGCUGACACAUCUACAUCUCCCUUACCCUGCAACCCUAGUCUCACUGCAGUACAGGCCACAUCCAUAGAAUCAUCUAUGUUUUACAAGUCGAGUAUGAACAGAAGACCACUCUCCAGACCUAAGGCCAGACCUAGCCAGUCGAGCCAGAGCAGCUCAGUGCCAGACAUCCUCAGCUGCAUGCUGAAAGACACAACUGCCGAGCACAGAGCUCACCUGUUUGACCUCAAGUGCAAGAUCUGCACAGGUCAGAUAUCAGUCGAGGAUGAGGCGGAGCCUUUAGCCAAGAAGCCUAAACUCUCUGGGUCAUCGUCGUCCUCCACCAAACCAGACCAAUGGAGAGACAGGCCGUCUCGGCCACCCUGGAUGUAUGCCAGAACAGCUCUCAGAACAGAGGAGAGAGGAUGGAGAACUCCAGCUGGAGAUCACCCCUCCUUGCACCCCCCCGACUCCCCCACCAUGGAAUCCUCUGCUUCCCCAGUAAUGGAGGAUGACCCUGCCUUAACCAUCAUGGAAUCCCCCACUUCUCCCACAAUGGAAUCUCCAGCUUCUCCAACAAUGGAAUCUCCCGCCUCCCCCAUUUUGGAAUCCCCUGCCUCCCCUGUUAUGGAUUCUCCCACCUCCUCUAUUCCAGAAAACUGUAAAGCCAAGACACCGUCCAGAAUGUAUACCCCAGUCAUGAUCCCGGCUGUUUCUACGGUAAGCAUCACAAGGCGUGACCCCCGCACCAUUGGCAACCGUUCUGCUGCUCUGUAUGGUGACCCCCGCACAGCUGACAACCAGUCUUUUAUGCCCCUGGCUAUGAACUCCCACACUCCUCCAGACGGGGAGACGGCCCAGUUCCUGGCCAAGCAGGAAGUAGUGUGGAAGGGCUUCCUCAAAAUGAUCAGCGUGGCCAAGUUCGUCAACGGCUAUCUGGUCUCAGGGCCCUCCGAAUAUCUCAAAGAGGACCUGCCUGAUACCAUCCAGAUUGGUGGAAGAAUCAUGCCUCAAACUGUGUGGGACUACAUCGGGAGAGUGAAGGCCUCUGUUACAAAGGAGCUGUGUGUGAUUCGGUUCCACCCAGCGACAGAGGAGGAGGAGGUGGCCUACGUGUCUCUGUUCUCCUAUUUCAGCAGCAGACGGCGCUUUGGGGUGGUGGCCAACAAAAGCCGCAGCAUCAAGGAUAUCUACCUCAUCCCAUUCAGCGCAAAGGAAUCCAUUCCAUAACCUUUCGAAGGAUCAGGCCUUGAGAAAAAUCGCCCCAAUCUUCUUCUGGGACUGGUUAUUUGCCAGAAACCCGGGAAGCGACCACAAGCGGUCGAAGAGAAGAGACCCAAGAUCCACAUGUCCAAAGACCCCAGAGAUAUAGGCCUCCCUAGACCCCCUUCGCUGUAUGGGUCUGACCCUAGAAUGGAGGAAUUCUUGCCCUAUGACCCAGAGAUGCCCAUCAUGUCCACCCAUCCUGGUUCCCCUCCUUCCACUGGAUCCCUGUCACACUCCUCCUCCUCUGGCUCACUGACUAGCCCAUCACUUCUGUCCUCCAUUAGAGCUGCCCGCCGGGCUUCUGCCCCUCCCCCCACCACUAGCUCCUCCACUGCACCUAGCAGCACGGCUACCAGUGCCCUACAGACCAUCCUGAAGUCAGUGUUUGGGAUGGACUCUCCUGCAGUCCCAGCAGUUGCAGCAGUGCCCCCUCCAUCCACUCUUCCCCCUCUCUCAAUGGUGGAUCCAAUAGUCCAGCAGUACGGGCAGAAAUCCAAAGUCAAAGAGAUUGAGGAGGAGGAAAAUGAAUACGAUCGACCAUACGACCCAGGGAAAGAGUAUGAUCCAGCAAUGGGCUAUGGAUUGGUUGCCCCAAUUAGUACUGAUAAAAUGUUUGAGGCGAAAGCUGCCUCUCUGGCCAUUUCUGCUGAUGAUGACGAUGUGGCUUACGACCCUGAAGAUGAGACUAUCUUUGAGGAUAUGCACAAUGAUGGGGUCAGUGAAGCAAAAGCCCCCCCUCCACUCCUACCCCAGCUCAAGCUCCUACCCCAGUCACAGUACAAGCCCCAGUCCCAGCUCCCACUCCAGACCCUCUGAGCCUCCCCAUUACUGGUGAUGUAAUUGUCUCAGCCGCUACUCUGACUGAACAACAGCAAAUGCUUGAGGAGCUCAACAGGUAGAUCGAGGAGCAGAAACAGCAGUUGAAGGAGCAGGAGUGGGCACUGCAUCAGCAGAGAGAGGCAGUGGGCAUGUUCAUGGCCCACUUCUCUGUUUCUGAUGCCUUGAUGUCUCCCCCUCCUAAAUCUGGGCUGUCUCAAUUCCAAACACAGCAGACUGAUGGAGAGCAGUCUGAUGCAAAUCCUUCAGCGAAUCAAAAAGCUUUGAAAGGUCUCUUGAAAACAGAAGUACCAAUAAAACAAGAGAUUAAGACCGAGACGAAGACUGUAUCUCUUUCAGAGUCAAGAAAUGUGGAAAUGCCCAGUGCAACACCGAAGCGGGUAAAAGAGAUUAAAAAGAGAAAUAUUCAGGCAACGGACAAUUCAGAUCUUGAAGCUGGUGAGAUCCAGGACUCUGAUGUAGCUUACGUCCCAGAGGAUGACACUAUCUUUGAUGAGCUGCAAGACAUGAAUGGAGAAGAGAAGGUGAAAACUCUAUCACAUUCAGCAAGGCGUUCUGAGCGGUCUUGUGACUCCUUGGUGUCUAGCUCGUGUCGUGGCACAUCGCGCAAUGACACUCCUGAUAGGAGGCGUAAGCAUAGCAGCCAGCCGGAUACUCACUCACCCAAAAGACGGGACCGUAAAGUUAAGGACCGCCACAAAAGCCCUCCUCGUAGAUCUGGCAGGUGGUCCCCUGGACGCUCUGAUAGGCGGAGGGACAGACAGACGGGGUGAGAGGAGCCAACCGCAUCACAGAGAUUGUGACCACUCUGACCGCACAGGCUGCCAUCUCCCUCAUAAAGAGUGCACUUCUCGGCGCAGCUCUGGUAGCCGUAGCAGAUCCCCAUCUACACCAAGAAAAAAACUAGAUUCCGUCUCUAGGGGAGUCUCAAAGGGUCAAAGGGAGUCUUCUCCUCCUCCAGUGUCGGAAGACUCCAAGGGUCCAGAGGCUCAUGAAGACAUGGGUCCUAUGAGCCCAGCUCCAGCACUGGUCAUGGAGACUAAUGACUCACCUCAGCCCCCUCUUGAUAGAAAGGACAUUAAUGAAUCGCUGUGUCAUCGUUCUGGACGUCCACCACAGGGAGAGAUUGAGUACGCAGGCCAUCAAUUGCCCCAUGAAAAAUCCCACUCCCCAGCAACCUGGGGAUCAACAACCUCCUCAAAGCUUGCUGCGAUCACCACCAGCAGGCCUCAACAACCAGCAAGGCCUCAACUUACAGCGUCAAGACAAUAGGGAUAGGCCCUCUCAACGGGAAAUACUAGAGCAACGCAUUGUACAGAGCCCAUCAGACAUUAUGAGAGAGAAACUGUUUUCCUCACAAGGUCCUCCCCACAAGGCGUCUCCAAACCAAGGGCCAGAUAUGAUAGGACAAGGGCAAGACAUGAGGGGGGGAAGGAGAGGGCUGCAAAUGAGGCAUCCAGGUCCAGAACCAAAUAUGAAAAGUCCAGACAUCACACUUCCGGCGCCGACAGAGAUGGCCGCCUCGCUUCGCGUUCCUAGGAAACUAUGCAGUUUUUUGUUUUU